AUGGCCAUUUCAUCAAAUACGGUCGUGGUUUUCAUGUUGCUGCUCAGUACUGCCUUCAUGCAGCUUCCUGUGCCAGCUGAUGCAAGGAGGCUAGAAGUGAAGGCGCCUAUCAUCAGCGUGCGUCCUCCCUGCACUGGAAGGGGCACUCUGGAGGCGCCUGCUGAGCAAGUCGAGUCGACAACUCCAGGUCAUAGCCCUAGCAUUGGCCAUAAUAGUCCACCAAACUGA